AUGUGUUCAGGAUUUGUCCAGCUGGUUGGAGGAGACAGCCCCUGCUCAGGACGUGUGGAGAUCAGAGAUGGGGACCAGUGGAGAACAGUCUGUGACUCUCACUUUGGUCUCAAAGCUGCCGAUGUUAUCUGCAGGGAGCUGCAGUGUGGCACAGCCCUGUCCGUCCCCGGGGGAGCUCACUUUGGAGAGGGGGUCGGGCCCACCUGGGACGGAGAGCUGCAGUGUGUGGGGAAUGAAUCCCUCCUCUCCUCCUGCCCCAGGAUGUCCCUCAGCAACCAGACCUGCACCCAUGCGAACGAUGCUGGUGUCACCUGCACACAGUACACAGGAUUCAGGCUGGUGAAUGGCAGCACGGUGUGUUCAGGGCGGGUGGAGAUCCAGGUGCUGGGAACCUGGGGAAGCCUCUGUGACUCUCGCUGGGACGUCGCCGAUGCCCACGUUCUCUGUCAUCAACUCAACUGUGGAUUUGCUGAGUCCGUUCCUGGAGGAGGGCAUUUUGGGAGAGGAACGGGUCCUGUCUGGAGAGACAGCUUCCACUGCAAUGGGACUGAAUCCCAUUUGGGACAGUGCCCUGUGACUGCCGUGGGGGCCUCCCCAUGCUCACAUGACAACGAUGCUGGUGUUUUUUGCUCAGGACCCUCUGAAUCCCUGCGGCUGGUGGACGGAGGGAGCCGGUGUGACGGGCGAGUGGAGAUGUCCCUGCACGGGGCGUGGGGCAGAGUCCUGGAUGACCAGUGGGACAUGGACGAUGCCAGCGUGGUGUGCCGGCAGCUCCAGUGCGGAGAGGCAGAGCGAGCCUACAACCUGCCGAAGCCCAAGCGAGGGACGGGCCCUGUGGGGCUGAGAAGGGUCCAGUGUGCAGGGGAGGAGACUCGCCUGGCCCUCUGCAACACCUCCCUGCUGGAGGCAGCGCCGGCAGGAAUUGCUGAGGACGUGGGGGUGGUUUGCUCGGGGAGCCGGCGGGUCCGGCUGGUGAACGGGACAAGGCGCUGUGCCGGGAGAGUGGAGAUCUACUACCGGGGCACCUGGGGGACCGUCUGCGAUGACUCCUGGGACCUGUCUGACGCCACCGUGGUUUGCCACCAGCUGGGCUGUGGGGUGGCUGUGGAGGCGGCCGGCUCUGCUCGUUAUGGGGAAGGCUCCGGGCAGAUCUGGCUGGACGACGUGAACUGCUCCGGGGGUGAAGCUGCUCUCUGGGACUGCCCUGCCGGGGCCUGGGGGCAGCACAACUGCAGGCACAAAGAGGACGCAGGAGUCGUCUGCUCAGAGUUUGUGGCCCUGAGGCUGGAGAACAGCGACGGCUGCUCUGGGCGCCUGCGGGUUUUCUACAACGGGACGUGGGGGAGUGUUUGCUCCAACUCGAUGACUCCUGACACCGUGUCCCUGGUGUGCAAAGAGCUGGGCUGUGGAGAUGGAGGGUUCAUUGAAACACAUCUGGUGUAUGGCAAGGUAUCUGGCCCCGCAUGGCUGGAUUAUGUUCAAUGUGGGAAGAUGAACAGCUCCUUUUGGCAGUGCCCCUCUGCUCCCUGGGACCCGCAGUCUUGUGAUGACCAACGAGAAGAGACUCACAUCACCUGCAAUGGGAGACGACCAGAAACGCCCCCAGCCCCGGUGGCCGAGUGCCCCAACUCUACAAGCUGCACAGAGACGGAGAAGAUUCGUGCCGUGGGAGGAGAGGACGGGUGCUCGGGCAGAGUGGAGGUUUGGCGCCGCGGCUCCUGGGGGACGGUGUGCGACGACUCCUGGGACCUGAAGGACGCUGAGGUGGCGUGCAGGCAGCUGGGCUGCGGCCCCGCGGUGUCUGCCCUGGGGGAGGCUGCGUUUGGGGAGGGGACGGGUCCCAUCUGGCUGGAGCAGGUGGCGUGCCGAGGGACGGAGCGGUCUCUCCGGGACUGCUGGGCCCAGCCCGGGGACAGCGGUGCCUGCCAGCACAAGGAAGAUGCUGCCGUGAAUUGCUCCGGUGAGUGGCAGACGACAACGUCACCCCCCCGAGCAGAUCCCACCCAGGGCCGUGCGAGGGACAGCGGGAGAGUCUCGGUGCCUGUCGUCAUCUGCAUCGUCCUGGGGGCCCUGCUCUUGCUGCUCCUGGCCCUCCUGGUGGGGCAAGUGCGAAGUACCAGGGCUCAGCGCAGAGGCUCCAGGAGGUCUCUGGAGCCCUUCUCUGAGGCUGUGUACCAGGAGAUCGACUACAGCCUGACGUGGGAGAAGCAGGCGAGGUUUGGUCGUUCAGGCUUCUCUUCAGAGGGGUCCCUGACCAAGCUGCGUCCUGACCCCAGGGACAGUGAGGAGGAGGACGGUCCUGGGUCAGCCCCAGAUGGCCUUGUCCUGCCCAGAGGUGACCCAGCAGAUGGCUAUGACGAUGCCAGGGACGUCUCUUACCCCGGGGAGGAUCUUGUUCCUGGGCAGCAAGAUUGGGAAGCGCCCAGGGAAGCAGAGGAGGGAGAUGGGCCCAGGGAGACACAGAGAGACACGGGAUACGAUGAUGCUGAAGAGGUGUCUCUGGCACAUGCCCAUGAGGACAUCAAGGUUGUGAGACUGGACCCUGGUGCCAAAAGGUCCCUGAGCCCAGGGCCAGGAGAGACCACCCCUGCCAUGUGGUUGGGUGCACCUGGGACAGAAGAGAGGUCUGAGCAGCUGGGAGAGCCCUGCUGUGAAAGGAGAGACCUCACAAUCAAACCCACCAAUGCCACCUUCACCUCCUCCUCCCUCUCACCUCCUCCCAAGCUCUCCUUGCUGCUGGGCAGCAUCUGUGAUGCUGUUGAUGACCUCAUAAUGCCAGCCUGCCCUCUUCUGGCCAAUCAGGUCCCUCUGAAUGGCAGCCUCAAGCAUAAAACUGGUCUCCCACACCUCCAGUUUAGGGUCAUCUACAAGCAUGAUGAGUGCUGCCUCCUCCAUGUCACUACUAAAGAAGAUAAACAGGAACAAGCUAUUGGCGACAUCAGUGGUGCUCCACUUCUCCCUGACCAGCAGGAUGACACUAUCGUAUUUGCCCACCUGAAGCCCCCGUCCAUCUCCUCCCCAGCUCUGGAUCUGAUGAUUGCAGUUCUGUAUGUGGUGGUGCCUCCAGCAGUGAACCCCAUCAUCUAUAGCAUGAGGAACAAGGAGCUGAAAGAUGCAGGGAGGAAACUGAUCCAGUGGGGAUUUGGCUAUGGAUUUGGGGCUAGUGACACAGACGGAGCCAAGGUCAAGGAUGGAGGGAUUGAGGAGGAAGAAGUACAUGGGAGUGUGGAGGCGGUGGUUGCAGGUUACGGCUAUGAUGAUCACCAUGUUCAAAGGUCCGAAACACCCACGUCACGCCCACCUGAAUUUGAAAGUACCGACGUCACGUCCAUGUCACGUUCGAAGACCCCACGUCACGCCCACGUCACGUUCGAUGCCCCACGUGAAACCCACAGCACGAUCAAACCACACACGUCAAGCCCACGUCACGUUCGAAGCCCCCACGUGACGCCCACGUUACGUUCGAAGACCCGACGUCACGCCCACGUCACGUUCGAAUGA